AUGACUGUACAAUGCUCUAUCUGCCUAUCGACCCUCAAGCACCCAGUCUGUCUGCCUUGUGGACACCUUUACUGCAGAAGAUGUCUCAACGACCACGUCAAUGUACCAGGAAACCACGGAUUGACUUCUACGUGCCCUGACUGUCGAGCCACCUUCAACCUCGUGGUCCCUGACCUCAACUACCUCCCCGAGAAAUAUCACCCUUUCAUCUCUCAUGCCGUCCGUCGUGUGUACCUCGACACCUCCGCAUACACCGACCUCCAAAAGCAACUCAAACAUGUUGAAGCGCGUCUCGCCCGCAGGAUCGCUUCAGAAGAAGAGUUCAUGCGUCGCUGUGAGGCUCUGACUGCUGCCCUCAACGCCCAUCGCGCUGGCGAGGCCGAAGCGAACGAGAGGAUUAGCGAGAUAGAGGACGAUUUCUAUGAAACGGAGAGAAAUCUGAAAGAACAGAUUGGCGAGCUUACAGCGCGUUGCGAAGAGCUCACCAUCGAGAAUGCCCGAGAGAAGAAAGAAGCCAAGUCGCGGCGCAACAAGCAGAAGACAUUGCAGGAGAGACUCGCAAUUGCCGAGGCGCAGAACGCUGAACUCAAACAACGAAUGAAGAGACUGGAGCGCGAGCGUCGCGAGUCGAAUCAAGUUCUUUCCUCAGACGAAGAUUCAGACGAGGAGUUGUUCUCGCCACUGGCACACCACCAAAGUGAAUUUCUCUCUUUGCCGCGACUUAUCAAGCCCUUGCCUAGGCGCCAUAUGGUGCGAGACAGAAAUCACAGCCCUCCUCCUACCCUCCAGGAUCGCCCAAAACGUAUGCGGCUGGCCAUCUGA